GGCUUGCUACACUCUCAAAAUCUCGAUUUUUGAGUCGCAGGACCAUAAAACCCUACAUUUUCAAAAAAAAUGAAGCCUAUUUUACUGAAACAGCACCACCUCCAAAAACUGCGUUUUAAACAUCUUACAUUGUGACGCACAAUUUUGUAACUUCAACCAAUAUCGUUAAACCUAACCAUAAAUUGAAUGUCACAAUUCAUAGUUUAUAAAACAUUUAUUACCUUCAAUAUGUUAAGUAUCUACUAAUUAUAAUUAUAUAUCUAUUUUUGUACGGAAUGAUGAUGCUAAUAGAAUUGAAUUGACGAAGAAGGGAUUUAUUGUUACUGUCGUGAUUAGCCAAUAUUUGUUAAAAGCGAAGCUUACUAAUUGUUAUCUGUAAUAUGUAUUUAUGUGCAUAAAAAUUACAUAGGUGCUAGAAAAAAAUUACAUUUAGUACCUAAGUAGUACCUAGGUACUUACCUAUCAUAAGUAGCCAAUUGCCUGAUGAAACUCAAAUACAGUUGAAUUAGAAAGAAGUGAUGGAACCAUUUUCAGAAGAUUUGCUUUGGUUAGUGAUAUGUGGUUUUGUGGUUGCAUUUAUUUUGGCGUUUGGGAUCGGCGCUAAUGACGUGGCGAACUCAUUCGGAACAAGCGUUGGGUCUAAAGUCCUCACACUAACACAAGCAUGCAUACUUGCAACAAUUUUCGAAAUCGCAGGUGCGGUUUUGAUUGGUUACAAGGUAUCCGACACUAUGCGCAAGGGUAUACUGGACGUUUCUUUGUACGAUAAUGGAGGGGAGCGUCUGUUGGCCGCCGGUUGCCUGGCUGCUCUGAUUGCGGGAGCAACCUGGCUCAUCCUUGCCACAGCUUUGAGGCUACCAGUCUCGGGGACUCACUCGGUAGUUGGUGCCACUGUUGGAUUUACACUGGUUGCUAAAGGCCCUGUUGGUGUACGUUGGUCCACUCUGGGGGCCAUUGUUCUUUCAUGGUUUAUAUCACCUGCUCUCAGCGGUACGGUAUCAGCAGUGUUAUACUGGUUGGUGCGUAGAUUCAUACUCCGUUUGCCUCAACCGUUGACCGCAGGCUUGAAAGUCCUACCACUCUUCUAUGGCGCUACUAUUGCUGUUAAUGUCCUAAGUGUAGUCCUCGAUGGGCCGAAAUUGUUAGCAAUGGAUAACAUACCACUAUGGGCAGCGUUAUCAGGAUCCUUGGCUUUGGGUGUAUUCGGAGCGAUUUGCGUGUGCGCCUUCCUCGUUCCCUAUUAUAAACGACAGCUUAUACCACCGCCUGUGAACUUUACCCUCGGAUUAUCGAACGAAACGACCCCAGCCAAUACACCAACACAUACAAAAAACAGCGUUCCUCAACGACCAACCUCGUUACUAUCGGAAGACGGCAAACUCCUCGAAGCUAUAGCGGAGAGCGCAGAAAUGGUUACACUGAGCGAUGCAGACAAAUGCUCUGUUGGUGUUAGAGAGAUGAAUGCUAGAAACCGUGCUCUCUUGGCAACGAUGGACGACUGCAGUAUUCUUUCCCGAAGUUUAAGCCCACCGAACAAAUCACGUUUACAGUUAAUAGAUGCGGAUCCCCAGAUAAAUACCUUGAAAUACAUAGACGAGACGUUAAGCUGCUGUAAAAGUUUGGAUUCUACUCAGCUUGUGGGUAUGGGUGAAAGUUACGAUUCAAAGAAUGGGUUUCUCGGAGAUUCAUGCGACACUAUUGCUCGUGGUGAGCUUGGACGACUGUCGGCGAUGAGAAUGCCUCCCGUUACAGUUGAAUUCGACACUCCUCCACCAAGAUCAGAUAAGGGUCCAGAAGGUGGCAGCGCGUGGAGUAUCGAGUGUGAAAUACGGAACACUCAGCUUGCAGCUAUUACGCCUAACUCUAGUGCUGCACCACUGUUGCGCAGCAACAGUCCCGCGCCUGCGGUGGUGCCACCACCACCGCCAACGGAUACGCUGCGACUGUUUUCCUUUCUACAAGUCCUUACUGCUACCUUCGGGGCUUUUGCUCAUGGAGGCAACGAUGUCAGCAACGCCAUAGGUCCACUAGUAGCGCUCUGGUUGCUAUACUCAGAAGGUGGUGCCCACGCGCGAGCAGAGACUCCGCUCGCAAUACUGGUGUUUGGUGGCGUUGGCAUAGCAUUGGGCCUGUGGUUUUGGGGAAGACGCGUCAUUCGUACUGUGGGCGAGGAUCUCACCAGCAUUACGCCUGACACUGGGUUUACGAUCGAGUUGGGAGCAGCCUUGACCGUCCUGGUAGCUAGCAAGGCUGGCCUGCCUAUAUCCACUACACACUGCAAAGUUGGCUCCGUCGUCUGCGUUGGAUACUUCUCCGAAAAAUCUGUGGACUGGAGUUUGUUCAGGAACAUAAUAUUCGCUUGGGUGGUAACGGUUCCGGCCGUUGCAGCUACGGCGGCACUCGCUAUGCUGGCUCUCGAAGCAUUUGUCGUUUGAACUCAAACAAAUAUUGUUCUACCAUCGCAUAAAGCAGCAUUACUCUAAAAUACCUCCAUUUAACAUAGUUUGACGUUCUAACAAUAAAGAUUAUAAUUCUGUAAGGAAACGUCAAAAGUAUUACAGUAAUGAUACAAGCGAUGGUAGUACGGUGACUGUAUUGAUCUAUUAAUAAAAUCAUACUUAAGUCAAAUCGCCAAUCUGAAAUUAGGUAUAAUAGAUACUUAUUAAUAAAAAAAAAUAUAGUUUUUUUAUAAAG